CGUAUAGUUAUCGGAAUAUUUAAACUGACAGCCACACGGCUUUAUCAAAUGACAUAAGAGUUUGAUGGUAGGUCACAACAUGUGUAGUUGGAACUAAUUCUUCUGAACACCGGUGUGACAAGACUGUGUAUCAUAGAGAAUCAUUUCAGGUGAGUGCAUGGGAAAUAUUUUCAUGAAGAAACGAGUAGUUAUCAACGACAUGGAAAUACACGAAGGAACAAAACCAAAAUCUAAGUUUUGGAAGCUGAAUAGGCUGCAAGGAUGGAAACUGGCGACUUUGAUUGCUGUGAUUAUAUCGCUUGGUUUGAUGCUAGUUAUUUUGGUCACUUCAUCCGGCAACGACAGCCCGUCGCCCACAUCGCCCGACACAGACUCUUAUUCGGAACUAAAAAAAUGCUCCAAGAGUGAUUCAAUUACCCUGCAGAACGAGGACCCUCCCACCGUCUUUGAUAGUCUUACAGAGAUGGAGAUGGUGGCUGUGAGAGACUACCUCCUUUACCAAACAGGAUUGCUCUUAAAACCCAUAGAGAAAGCCACAGUAGAUUCUAGCUACAUCUACCAAAUGGGCCUUAGUCUUCCCAAUAAAGCGGACGUUCUGAACCACAUUGACGGCAACUCACAGAAACCAGAGAGGCGAGCCAAGGUUGUCCUUGCCCGCGGUGACUUAAACCCACCCCAGAUGCAGGAAUGGAUAGUGUUCCCCCUCCCAAAGCCUACCAGCCACGUGCUGUACAAGAAUCCCUCAUACCAGAGAGACCCAAUUCCAUUAUCUGCAAAGAUGGUGGACAAGGUGGAAGAUAAAGUCCUCAAGGAAAUAUUACGCAGAGAGAUGCAAAAGGCCGAACACGUCUUAAAAGGCAGCUAUGGCGUUGGAUAUCACGACUGCUUGGGGACAGAAGGAUGCCUGACGUUCUUCGACAUAAAACCAGCGGGGUUUGCGAGUGGAGAGAGAAAAUCUUGGUGGUGGGCCAUGAGGGACUUCGAAGGAUUCUACCUGUUCCCUGUUGGACUUCAGGUCCGGACUAAUCAUGAAGGCACCAAUACUUCCGCUUGGACACUUGACCGAGUAUUUUACAACAACACCCUAUUCUACUCUGUAGAGGAGUGGAUCGCUGCAUACGACAACGGCAUCCACCGCUAUAUCGACCCUGUGCCAAAUAAACGAGAGCGGCAGUACGCCACCUACAACCGACGUGGACCACUCCCACUGGACCCUCCCCUUCAAGGCCCACGGGUAUAUGAACCACAGGGAAGACGGUACAAUAUCUCGGGAUCGAAGGUCAAGUAUUUAGAGUGGGAUUUCCAUAUUCAUAACCAAGGGUCAAGUGGAAUUAGAGUCUACGACGUCCGUUUCCGAAAUGAGCGCAUUGCAUACGAGAUCAGCCUGCAAGAGGCGGCUGUCAUGUACGGAGGUUGGGAUCCCCUCAUGUCGACAGCUAAUUACAUGGACGCCUCAUGGAACCUUGCCGCGGAGGCAUUUGAACUUGUUCCGGGCGUCGACUGCCCCGAGAACGCAGUUUACUUCGACACCUGGAGCUACUUCAAUACGCACGGGCCAAAACGAAUGAAAAAUUCUUACUGCGUGUUUGAACAUAACACUGGGAUCCCGCUUCGUCGCCAUCACGGUUAUAACUACCAUGACGGAAGAUACACUUACUACGGCGGUAUGGUUGACUACGUCUUGGUAGUCCGCUUCGCGGCUACUGUUUGGAAUUACGACUACAUCUUCGACUAUAUCUUCCAUCAGAACGGCGUAGUGGAGUGCAGAGCCUCGGCAACUGGCUACGUUCAGGCCACACAUUUCAACACGGAGGAUGCACGGUACGGGCACAAGAUAGCGCCCCGUGUUCUGGCCGGCAUACAUACACAUUUAUUCAACUACAAGGUGGACGUCGACGUAUUAGGCACUGCUAACCGAUUUUAUACCUACGACAUCGAAACUGAGAGCAGAUCCGAUCUUCCUUGGUACCAGGGGUAUCAAAAGGACCAACCAAGGUUCACUAAGAACCUUAAACAAACAGAGUGGCAAGCAGCCAUACAGUACAAAUUUGAAAACCCCAAAUACUACGUUUUUCGAAGUAAUCAAACCAAUGCGUACGGAACACCUCGUGGGUUUCGUUUCCAGCUGAAUGGGAUGGCUAAACAGGUUGUCCCGCCGAGAACAGGGGCGGAACCAGGUUUGUCUUGGUCGAGAUACCAAAUUGCCAUUACAAAGAGGAAAGACGAAGAAGAUUCAAGUACUUCACUGUACAGUCAAUGUGACCCCGUCAACCCAGUUGUUAAUUUCGAGUCAUAUGUUCAGGACGACGAAAACAUUGUCGACGAAGAUCUGGUUGCCUGGGUAACGCUUGGUAAACACCAUAUUCCCCACAGCGAGGACGCUCCUAGCACCGCUACAACAGGUAACCAGCUGACCUUUCUGCUGCUCCCGUACAACUACUUUGAUGAAGACGCCAGUCUGGCGUCGAUAGAUGGCGUAGUGAUACGCCCAAAGUCGGGCUAUCAAGGGGCCACGGUAGAUAGCAAUGGAAGGAACGGUUACAUGACUUGCGCUCCUCUCCAACUGAAUUUAACAUCAUACGGAGAUAUUAACUCUUAGGUUAUGCUAUUUGCUCUACGCUCAGACCUGUUCAUAGAACAGGGUUAUUUCCUAUGUUCAUAGAAGAUAGGGAAAGAACCCCUUUGCCCAAGCUUGUCUACUGGCGUAGUCUAGUGAAGCAUUGCGAUAAAAAGCAAGCAGGCAAAUGGAUUAAGUACCUGUAGUAGAAACAUCAUUACGAAUAUUUCUGUGGGCCAUUGCAAAUUAGUAAAAUUAUUGCAUGACCCCUUUAGGGCAUAAAACUACAAAACUGAAACACACUUCUACAGGUAUAACUGUCCUUUACGUUUCAAAUGAGCUCUUACAACCAUUUUGUUAUUUAGUAGAAAUAUGUCAAUUGAUUGAAUUUUAAUAUGAAGACACAUUUGAAAUUGUGUCACAACCUGUUACUUCAUUCCCCGGCAAAGAUUGCAGCGAACUGUUGAUCUACAAGUAUAAAUAAUACACUAUAUAUUGAUUGAAGCUAGGAUAGACUAUAUGGAGCCUAGAAUGAAGACACCAUCAUAGUAAAUGAGUAAUUACUGUUGAA